UCUGUGUUGAUUUGAAUACAAUUUAUUUGAAGUCGGCUCUGAAACCCACGCGUCAUCAUAUCGUACUAAGGAAGAGAUUUCGUAUUGUUCAGAACACUCUUUUUAAAAUGAAGGCAGUUUACAUGUUCAUUGUCGUCGUGGCCUGUGUCACUGUUUCCAUGGCUAGCAGAAAGAGGAAUUCAUUUGAAAACACCUCAGAGAAAAUGUUCAAGAGUGAGGAUGUUUCUAAGAGAGAAGAAUGCGAAGACAAAUGGCAUACAUAUUUUUGUAAGUUAGUUAAAAGGCUGGGCAGGUGCGAUUCUUCGAGAUCAAAAGAAAAAUGUGCAGAGACUUGUGGCCAAUGCAACCGCUGUGGUGAUAUUUUUUCCUUGCCUAAGUGCCUUCAUCUGAAGGAAACAAAUAGGUGUUAUACAGAUGAGGCGAGAGCUAACUGUGGUACCACAUGCGAGUCCUGUGGAAAAGCUUGCAAGAACUACGUUAAGCAGUGUGAUAACCAAAAAACACUAGACGAACUGUGCACUAUCAAGUCUGGUGGAUUUCUGCUGUGUCCAAGAGGCUGUAACCUUUGCAUAGAUCGCGAAUAACUCUUAUUUGCUGGCAAGAAGUUUUCACAGCGAGCUAGGAAACUCUGUAACAGUUUAUCGCCAUAAGCGUUAUACACUUAAAAGGGAAAAAACAACAAUAACAACAACAACAACAACAACAACAACAACAAAAAAAAAAGGUUAAAAAUUAUAUAAUUAACAAUAAUCAUUAUUACAGCUCCUUAAAGGUUCUGUCAUUUAGGAGAUAAAGAGCACUUAGCUGUGUUGAUAAUUUUUGAUAAUUAAACGCGCUAUUUAGAAGAAUAAACAUUUGCCCUACGUACGAAUAA